AUGCCCACGCCCAACACCUCUGGCCCUGUGCCCAUGUUCUUCUGGGCCAACGUCUCCGGAGGCAGCGUGCUGAGUGCUCCUGACACCGCAAUGCCGGUUGAAUUCCUCGUCCUGAGGGUCGUGGUCGCUCUGGCCUAUGGGCUUGUGGGGGCCGUUGGCUUGCUGGGAAACCUGGCCGCACUGUGGGUCCUGGGCAACCGUGCUCAGCGAGCCCCCGGCCCGCCUUCCGACACCUUCGUUUUCAACUUGGCUCUGGCAGACCUGGGGCUGGCACUCACCCUCCCCUUCUGGGCGGCCGAGUCGGCACUGGACUUCCACUGGCCCUUUGGAGGCGCCCUCUGCAAGAUAGUGCUGACAGCCACCGUCCUCAAUGUCUACGCCAGCAUCUUCCUCAUCACAGCACUCAGUGUGGCCCGCUACUGGGUGGUGGCCAUGGCUACGGGGCCGGGCGCCCAUUUCUCGCUCUUCUGGGCCCGAAUGGCCACCUCGGCGGUGUGGGUGGCGGCUGCCCUGGUGACGGUGCCCACGGUCGUCUUUGGGGCUGAGGGCGAGGUGUGGGGCGUGCGCCUCUGCCUGCUACGCUUUCCCAGCAGGUACUGGCUGGGAGCCUACCAGCUGCAGAGGGUGGUGCUGGCCUUCAUGGUGCCCUUGGGCGUCAUCACCACCAGCUACCUGCUGCUGCUGGCCUUCCUACGGCGGCGACGGCGGCAGGACAGCACAGGGGUGGCCCGCUCUGUCCGCAUCCUGGUGGCCUCCUUCUUCCUCUGCUGGUUCCCCAACCAUGUGGUCACUCUCUGGGGUGUCCUGGUGAAGUUUGACCUGGUGCCCUGGGACAGCACCUUCCACACCAUCCACACCUACGUCUUCCCUGUCACCUCCUGCCUGGCCCACAGCAACAGCUGCCUCAACCCUGUGCUCUACUGCCUCCUGAGGCCGGAGCCCCGGCGGGCUCUGGGUGGCGCCUUCAGGGAUCUACGGUCCAGGCUGUGGCCCCGAGGCCGGGGCUGGGUGGAGCAGGUGGCCCUAAAGAAGGUAGGCAGGCAGUGGGUGUCGAGCACCCCGCCCGAGAGCGGUCCUUCGGCCACGCUCACCGCCCUGGACAGAGGGACGCCCGGGUGA